GCGCAAAGGGGCCGUAUCCAACAGACAUGGGGGAGAAUGAUCCAGAAGAAGAGCUGAGACUGAUCCUGAUUGGAAAGACGGGAUCUGGGAAGAGCUCCUCAGGGAACACCAUCCUGGGCGGAAAAUACUUCCUGUCCAGGUGCGGAUCAGACUCUGUUACCGAGGUCUGCCAGCUGGGGACCUCUGACUACCCUGUGGAGGUGGAGGCGGGGAGGAGGAGGAGCAGGAGGAGGAGGAGGGUGGUGGUGGUGGACAUGCCAGGUUUUGGAGACACACGACUGACCAAGGAGCAGAUCAUCAUGGAGAGCAGUCGAUGCGUGGCCCUGACGGCCCCCGGCCCCCACGCCUUCCUCUUGGUGGUCCAGGUGGGACGCUACACAGAGGAGGAGAACAUGGCCGUCACUAUGAUGGCUGCUGUAUUUGGAGAAGCGGCGGUUCGCGACCACACGGUGGUGCUGUUCACCCGGGGAGAUGACCUGGAGGAGCCGAUAGAGCAGUACCUGGCCAGCGCAUCUGUGAGCCUCAAGGCUUUGAUUGACAGGUGUGGAGGCAGGUACCACGUUCUCAACAACCGGGCGCCCAGCGAUGUGCAGCAAGUUCACGAGCUACUAGGAAAGGUGGAGCAGGUUGUGGAGGACAACGGUGGAGGGUGUUACACCAACGCCAUGUACCAGGAGGUAGAGGCAGCAAUCAGGGAGGAGAAGGACAGGGUAAGGAGGGAGGAGAAGGAAAGGGUUAGGAGGAAGAAGUACCGGUUAAAGAAGAAGGAGGACCCGGUAAGGAGGGAGGAUAGGGCUAGGAGCGAGAGGGCAUCAGUCCAAUCCUCCAGCAGUGGAGUACCGCUCUCCCCCAGGCUGAUGCAGACAGUGAGAAAUGUGGUGGCGUCGGUGCUCACCGGCCUGGUGGUGGGGACUUUGUGUGGGGCUGCUGCCUCCCUAGCUGCGACAGCAAUACCAGCCUUGAUGGGGGGCACAUUAGUCUGCAAUACAGUUACUAUGGUCGCGGGUGGGUUAGCGGGGGGCUGUAUGGGUUUAGUGAAUGGGCUAGAAGCUGACAGUCCUUUGGAAGGAGCUCAGCAAACCCUGCGCCAGGUGGGCAUCGGGGGGGCCGUGGUUGUGGGGGUGGCAUUGGUAGCGGGUGGGGCGGGGCUGCUGCUGCAGUUGGGGGUGCUGCUCUUGCUGUCGGGGGGGCUGCUGCUGCAGUUGGUGGUGCUGCUCUUGCUGUCGGGGGGGCUGCUGCUGCAGUUGGGGGUGCUGCUCUUGCUGUCGUGGGGUUUGCUGCUGCUGCAGUUGGGGGUGCUGCUCUUGCUGUCGUGGGGUUUGCUGCUGCUGCAGUUGGGGGUGCUGCUCUUGCUAUCGGGGUGGCGAAGCCAGGUGCCCCUUUCUCCCAGCGUGCUGCGGAGAGUGAAGGUGGUGGUGGCGGCGGUGGUCACUGGCCUGGUGGUAGGGGCUCUGUGUGGUGCGGCUGUCCCACUAGCAGCAGCAGCAGGGGCAGCCGUGGUGGGGAACGCAGCAGGUUUGGGUGUAGCUCAUCUGGCUGGGGCGACGGUAGGGUGGGUGGAGGCUAUCGGCGCUGUUGUAGCAACGGCCUCGGGACAGACGGCCGCGGGGGCCGCUAUCGGAGGGCUUGUGGGGGGCUCUGUGGCCGCUGCGGCUGGGCUAGAAGCUGCCAGUCCUGGGGAAGGAGUUCAGUUAGCCCUGGGCCAGGUGGGCCUCCUGGGGGUAUCAGCUGUGGGGGUGGCUGCAGGGGUGGGGGGCGUCCUGGGAGCUGGGGCCGCCCUAGGGGCCACAGCCCUGCCUGGAGCCCAUGCUGCCGCUGCAGGGGCCGUAGUUAGAGCCGGGACCAGCGGGGCGGUGUGUGCUGCUUCAGGCCCCAGCUUGGUGUCUGCCUCCUGGGGAGGAGCGGGGGCCCGCGUCCUGGCUGCAGUAGCAGAGGUGGGCCAGGCGGCGGUGGGACUGGUGCUGGCUGGAGGUCUUGUGGUAAAGGUGUUCAAAGAAAAGAACAGCACCAGGCACUCUGGCAGAGUACUCAACAACAUCCUCACUGAAACAAACCUGGUCAUCAUCAACAAACCCACCCCCCACCACAGCUCCUCCUCCACUGACAUCCUGGCCCUCAUGCUCUCAGGAGCAGAGGGGCCGUGGCCAACAGACAUGGGGGAGAAUGAUCCAGAAGAAGAGCUGAGACUGAUCCUGAUUGGAAAGACGGGAUCCGGGAAGAGCUCCUCAGGGAACACCAUCCUGGGCCGGAGUCACUUCCUGUCCAGGUGUAGCGCCGGCUCUGUUACCAAGGUCUGCCAGCUGGGGACCUCUGACUACCCUGUGGAGGAGGAGGCGGGGAGGAGGAGGAGGAGGAGGAGGAGGAGGAGGAGGAGGAGGAGGAAGAGGGUGGUGGUGGUGGACAUGCCAGGUUUUGGAGACACACACCUGACCCAGGAGCAGAUCAUCACAGAGAUCAGUCGAUGCGUGGCCCUGACGGCCCCCGGCCCCCACGCCUUCCUCUUGGUGGUCCAGGUGGGACGCUUCACAGAGGAGGAGAACAGAGCCGUCACUAUGAUGGCUGAGGUAUUUGGUGAAGUGGCGGUCCGCAACCACACGGUGGUGCUGUUCACCAGGGGAGAUGACCUGGAGGAGCCGAUAGAGCAGUACCUGGCCAGCGCACCUGUGAGCCUCAAGGAUUUGAUUGACAGGUGUGGAGGCAGGUACCACGUUCUCAACAACCGGGCGCCCAGCGAUGUGCAGCAAGUUCACGAGCUGCUGGGAAAGGUGGAGCAGGUUGUGGAGGACAACGGUGGAGGGUGUUACACCAACGCCAUGUACCGGGAGGCGGAGGCAGCAAUCAGGGAGGAGGAGGAUAGAGUAAGGAGGGAGGAGGAGGAAAGGGUUAGGAAGUACCGGUUAAAGAAGGAGGAGGACUCGGUAAGGAGGGAGGAUAGGGCUAGGAGCGAGAGGGCAUCAGCCAAAUCCUCCAGCAUUGGGGUGCUGCUCUCCCCCAGGCUGAUGGAGAAAGUGAAAAAUGUGGUGGCGUCGAUGCUCACUGGCCUGGUGGUGGGGGUUUUCUUGUGUAAUGUUCCACCCACAGGAGCAGAGGGGCCGUGGCCAACAGACAUGGGGGAGAAUGAUCCAGAAGAAGAGCUGAGACUGAUCCUGAUUGGAAAGACGGGAUCUGGGAAGAGCUCCUCAGGGAACACCAUCCUGGGCCGGAGUCACUUCCUGUCUGGGUGUAGUGCAGGCUCUGUUACCAAGGUCUGCCAGCUGGGGACCUCUGACUACCCUGUGGAGGUGGAGGCGGGGAGGAGGAGCAGGAGGAAGAGGGUGGUGGUGGUGGACUUGCCAGGUUUUGGAAACACACACCUGACCCAGGAGCUGAUCAUCACAAAGAUCAGUCGAUGCGUGGCCCUGACAGCCCCCGGCCCCCACGCCUUCCUCUUGGGGGUCCCGCUGGGACGCUACACAGAGGAGGAGAACAUGGCCGUCACUAUGAUGGCUGAGGUAUUUGGUGAAGCGGCGGUCCGCAACCACACGGUGGUGCUGUUCACCCGGGGAGAUGACCUGGCGGAGCCGAUAGAGCAGUACCUGGCCAGCGCACCUGUGAGCCUCAAGGCUUUGAUUGACAGGUGUGGAGGCAGGUACCACGUUCUCAACAACCAGGCGCCCAGCGAUGUGCAGCAAGUUCACGAGCUACUAGGAAAGGUGGAGCAGGUUGUGGAGGUCAACGGUGGAGGGUGUUACACCAACGCCAUGUACCGGGAGGUAGAGGCAGCAUUCAAGGAGGAGAAGGAUGGAGUAAGGCGGGAGGAGGUGGAAAGGUUUUGGAGGAUGAAGUACCGGUUAAAGAAGAAGGAGGACUCGGUAAGGAGGGAGGAUAGGGCUAGGAGGGAGAGGGCGUCAGCCAAAUCCUCCAGCAGCGGGGUGCUGCUCUCCCCCAGGCUGAUGCAGACAGUGAGAAAUGUGGUGGCGUCGAUGCUCACCGGCCUGGUGGUGGGGACUUUGUGUGGGGCUGCUGCCUCCCUAGCAGCGACACCAGUAAAAGUGUGUAAAAAGGCCACAUUUGUCUGCAGUAAACCUUCUAAGGCUGCGGGUGGGUUAGCGGGGGGCUGUAUGGGUUUAGUGAAUGGGCUAGAAGCUGACAGUCCUUUGGAAGGAGCUCAGCAAACCCUGCGCCAGGUGGGCAACGUGGGGACCGGGGUUGUGGGGUCGGCAUUGUGGACAGCCUGUGUAAUGUUCCACCCAGCAGGAGCAGAGGGGCCGUGGCCAACAGACAUGGGGGAGAAUGAUCCAGAAGAAGAGCUGAGACUGAUCCUGAUUGGAAAGACGGGAUCUGGGAAGAGCUCCUCAGGGAACACCAUCCUGGGCCGACAACACUUCCUGUCCGGGUGUAGUGCAGGCUCUGAUACCAAGGUCUGCCAGCUGGGGACCUCUGACUACCCUGUGGAGGUGGAGGCGGGGAGGAGGGUGGGACGCUUCACAGAGGAGGAGAACACGGCCGUCACUAUGAUGGCUGCUGUAUUUGGAGCAGAGGGGCCGUAUCCAACAGACAUGGGGGAGAAUGAUCCAGAAGAAGAGCUGAGACUGAUCCUGAUUGGAAAGACAGGAUCUGGGAAGAGCUCCUCAGGGAACACCAUCCUGGGUCGACAACACUUCCUGUCCGGGUGUAGUGCAGGCUCCGUUACCAAGGUCUGCCAGCUGGGGACCUCUGACUACCCUGUGGAGGAGGAGGCGGGGAGGGGGAGCAGGAGGAAGAAGGUGGUGGUGUUGGACUUACCAGGUUUUGGAGACACACACCUGACCCAGGAGCAGAUCAUCACAGAGAUCAGUCGAUGCGUGGCCCUGACGUCCCCCGGCCCCCACGCCUUCCUCUUGGUGGUCCAGGUGGGACGCUUCACAGAGGAGGAGAACAUGGCCGUCACUAUGAUGGCUGAGGUAUUUGGAGAAGUGGCGGUCCGCAACCACACAGUGGUGCUGUUCACCAGGGGAGAUGAGCUGGCGGAGCCGAUAGAGCAGUACCUGGCCAGCGCACCUGUGAGCCUCAAGGCUUUGAUUGACAGGUGUGGCGGCAGGUACCACGUUCUCAACAACGAGGCGCCCAGCGAUGUGCAACAAGUUCACGAGCUGCUGGGAAAGGUGGAGCAGGUUGUGGAGGACAACGGUGGAGGGUGUUACACCAACGCCAUGUACCUGGAGGUAGAGGCAGCAAUCAGGGAGGAGGAGGACAGGAUAAUGAGGGAGGAGGAGGAGGAAGACAGGGUAAGGAGAGAGGAGGAGGACAGGUUGAGGAGGGAGGAGGAGGAUAGGUUAAGUAGGGAGGAGGUUGAUCGUUUAAGGAGGGCAGAGGAGGACAUGUUAAGUUUGGAGGAGGUUGAAAGAUUGAGUAGGGAAGAAGUCGAUUGGUUGAGGAGAGAGGAGGAGGACAGGUUGAGGAGAGAGGAGGAGGACCGGUUAAGUAGGGAGGAGGUUGACCGUUUAAGGAGGGCGGAGGAGGACAGGUUAAGUUUGGAGGAGGUUGAAAGAUUGAGGAGGGAGGAAGUCGAUUGGUUGAGGAGGGAGGAGGAGGACAGAUUAGGUAAUGAGGAGGUUGACAAGAAAAUGAUGGAUGAAGGUGACAGGUCAAGUUGGGAGGAGGUUGACAGGUUGAGGCGGGAGGAGGUCAUUUGGUUGAGAGAGGAAGAGGACAGGUUCAGGAGGGCGGAAGCGGACAGGUUCAGUAGGGAGAGGGCCCCAGCAGAGAGAGGUUUCAAUAGAAGACCACAGGCUGCACAUUCCUCCAGCAGGGGGCGGCGCAGCCAGGUGUUGCUCUCCCCCAGCCUGAUGCAGACUGUGAGGAAGGUGGUGGCGGCGGGGCUCACGGGCCUGGCGGUGGGGGCUUUGUGUGGGGCCGCCGUCCCCGUUGCAGUGACUGCAGGAGCAUACUUGAUGGGCAGCACAUUAGCCUGCACUACGGCUUCUGUGGUCGUGGGGGGUGCAGUCGGAGGGUUUGUAGGGGGCGGUAUUGGUGCCGGGAAUGGGCUAGAAGCUGCAAGUCCUUUGGGAGGAGCUCAGCAAACCCUUCGUCAGGUUGGCACCCUUGGGGUCACGGUUGUGGGGUUGGCUGCACGGGUGGGAGCUGUAGGGGGUGUGGCUGCGAGGGCAGGAGCUGCAGGGGGUGUGAGAGCUGCAGGGGGUGUGGUUGCAAGGUCUGUAGGGGCUGGAGCUGAUGCCGGGGCUGCCCCCUUAGGGACUGAUUUAAUUAAUGCAGCUGCGACUGUAGGAGGUGCUUUGGCAAAUGCCACACAAGCUGUUCUCACCUCCUUUAGCCGUUGACCGGCAGACAGGGUUCGAGUUAGGAUUCCAUCUCUAUGGGGGUCUCUUAAAGUUGUUGAUGGGACGGACGGACGGGGGAGAGAGGGGGUGAGAGACCGUAAAUAUGGGCUAUUAUGACACGGCUCUUCUCAAUGCCGCGGAACUCUCCGUUCACUUGCAUGUGCCCUCCACAACAACGCCAGCAACGUCUUCGGUUGCUAAGCGACGUCAACGUCUUUGGCUAACUAUUUGUCCGCUGAUCAACACUACGAAUGGUAGUGUUAUCGAAAAUAAGCCCCUUAAGGUCGAAGAAACCUCAGUUUCGCGUCGGUGUCGGGUUCGCACUGUCUGGGCUUAUUUUCCCGAUAAUCACCGGCGUUCUAUUAUCUCUUACUUAACGUCAAUAUUACUCUGUAUAUGGAAGGAGAAAUAGCUUUAUUUAUAAUUACAAUAUUAUGCUGCUGUAUUUUCAUUGACUCCCACAGAUAUUUGAGUUUGCUGCUUUCAUCAGCUCCCACUGGCUCCCAACUAACUCGAACCCUGCCGGCAGACCUUAAAGUAAAUCAUACCAUUGCGGAACGGAAAUCCCGAUUUUUCCGUACACUAAUCUGCAGCAAUCAAACUAUACACACCGAUGUGGUGCAGCUCGACUAGCUAUAUUUUUUCAAUGCAUAAUAAGUGUCUGGUCACGUCUGUGGCAAAGCAAAAUGGAGCACUGUCACUUCACGGUGACCGCCUCACCUAUAACUUGACUUUUAAGGUAUAUCAGGGCCUCGAGGCCAUCAACAUAUUUUUAAUUGUGUCGUAUAUUUGGGCCCUCUGGCUGGGUGAAAUGCGGGGGCAGAACUGCAGCAGGCUCUCAUGCCCUCUUGUAAGGGAAGCAGACAGCCGACUAAGGGUUAAGGGGUACGGGUGGGCCUGGAGGGGCGGCUGGACACCUUGUCUCUCACCUGUUGCUUUACUUAUCUUAAUCUGAUACCAGUUUUUUUUUCACUUUUCACUUGGAGAUGUGCCUGAUAAUUUUCUUAAGUAGAUUUUUCUGUUGGUCCUUUGAUCCUGACCAACAUCCACCUUUAUAGUGUGUUCAGCCUAUGAUCAUGAUUACAGAAAGCAACUCUGUGUUGCUGUGUUUUAAUCCCACAGGGAGAGUAUCAAAUAUCAUACAAUACAUCAGUUUUCAUAUAUCAUAUCAUAUCAAAUAUCCAAUAUCGUAUAAUUGUGUGUAUUUACGAACAAACAUAUGGAAUAAAAUGUGAUAAUCUAAUAAAAAUAUUUAAUCGUG